AAGGCGAGGCUGCUCGGGUGUUCUCCCUGAGUGGUCCGACAAGCAACACCUCCUGAAGCGAAGUUCCCGUAUGUGUUUGAAUCGAGAUCCUUCGGAGCAGCGCUGUGUGGUCCUCCCACGGCUUUUUAAAUAUAAUUCAGGUCCACUAUGUCCAACGAAGAUCUAAUUUCAGUGGACUAUGAAAUCUUUGGCAGAGUGCAAGGUGUCUUUUUUCGGAAAUACACUCAAGCAGAAGGGAAAAGGCUUGGCCUGGUUGGAUGGGUCCAAAACACAGGCGCAGGAACUGUUCAGGGGCAGCUCCAAGGCCCGCGCAGCAAAGUGACGGAAAUGCAAGAAUGGCUGCAAUCCACCGGCAGCCCCAAGUCCAACAUAACCAAGGCGGAGUUUAAGAACGAGAAAACGCUUGAUCGCCUGGAACACUCCUCUUUUACCAUUGUAAAAUAGCAUAACCAAUGUGUUGUGCCUGUUCUACUGAAAUAGAAGAAGUUUUAUUUAUUUUGUCUAAUUUAUAGGUGGGACUGCAGCUCAUAUGAUUAAUGAUUAACUCACAAAAGAUUUGUGCACGUCAGGUGUCCAAACAUCUACAAUAUGUGGAAUCACAUGAACAAAUUAAAAUUCCUUGCAGUUGA